CCAUGUGCCGUGGCGUCCGCCGCCAUCCUUCUGCCGGGCGGCGCUUCCGCCGGCGUGCGGGUCGCAAUCCGCAGUGGUCUGCGGGUGAUGGAGCGUCGGGCUGGCUGUCGGCUUAGGGCAUGGAUGCUGUUACUGCUCCUGUUCCCGGUGCAGGGCCGCCAGAAGGACUCAGGCUCAAAAUGGAAAGUAUUUAUUGACCAAAUUAACAGGGCUUUGGAGAAUUAUGAACCAUGUUCAAGUCAAAACUGCAGCUGCUAUCACGGCGUCAUAGAAGAGGAUCUGACUCCUUUCCGAGGUGGGAUCUCCAGGAAGAUGAUGGCUGAGGUGGUCAGGCGGAAGCUGGGAACGCACUAUCAGAUCAUUAAGAACCAGUUAUUCAGGGAAGAUGACUGCAUGUUUCCCUCCAGGUGUAGUGGCGUGGAACACUUCAUUUUGGAAGUGAUCCGUGGCCUCCCCGACAUGGAAAUGGUGAUCAAUGUCCGAGAUUAUCCCCAGGUUCCUAGAUGGAUGGAACCCACCAUCCCCGUCUUCUCCUUCAGUAAGACUUCGGAGUACCAUGAUAUCAUGUAUCCUGCGUGGACAUUUUGGGAAGGGGGCCCUGCUGUGUGGCCACUUUAUCCCACAGGCCUUGGACGAUGGGACCUCUUCAGAGAAGACAUGUUGAGGUCAGCAGCGCAAUGGCCAUGGGAAAAGAAAAAUUCUACAGCAUAUUUCCGAGGAUCAAGGACAAGCCCGGAAAGAGAUCCUCUCAUUCUCCUAUCUCGGAAAAAUCCAAAACUCGUUGAUGCAGAGUACACCAAAAACCAGGCCUGGAAGUCUAUGAAAGAUACUUUGGGAAAGCCAGCAGCUAAGGAUGUGCACCUUAUAGAUCACUGCAAAUACAAAUAUCUAUUUAACUUUCGAGGUGUAGCUGCAAGUUUCCGGUUCAAACACCUCUUCCUGUGUGGUUCGCUGGUCUUCCAUGUUGGUGAUGAGUGGGUAGAGUUCUUCUACCCACAACUAAAGCCAUGGGUUCACUACAUCCCAGUUAAGACCGAUCUCUCCAACGUCCAGGAGCUGUUGCAAUUUGUGAAAGCGAAUGAUGAUAUUGCUCAGGAAAUUGCUAAAAGGGGAAGCCAGUUCAUCAUAAACCAUUUGCAGAUGGAUGACAUCACCUGUUACUGGGAGAACCUCUUGACUGAAUAUUCUAAGUUCCUGUCCUAUAAUGUAACAAGAAGAAAAGAUUAUUAUCAAAUCAUACCCAGACGUUUAAAAACUGAACUGUAGUAUCCACCACUGGACCAGAAUCCUGGCAAUGGCUCUGAGAGGCUCUGUGGUGAAACACCAUGAUCAUGACGGCGCUUAUACCUUGAACACCUUUGGCCAAGCCAAACAUCCAGUUUUCCUUAUCAUGUUGAAGUCUGGGGGACUCUUGAGAAAGAUCUCGUAUGUGUGUAAUGAGCAGAAAUGAAACAGCUCAGCUCUUUGAAAUCAUGAAAUCAGGAUUUGGAACUGCAUUCUACCUUUCAUUUUCUUCUGAUCGAUCCCAGCUUGUGCCUCAGGUCAUCUACGUGUACCAUCACUGUGAUAUUGUCUGGGCCCCUGUGAAGAUGCUCUUGGUCCUAUUAUUUGGAGCAGACCAUCCAUCUUUUGGAGCUAGUAUAAUACACUAGCAACUCCCAAGUUACUUUAGGCUUGAUCUCUGUUGCUUUAAUUUUAUGUGGAAAUCCUUUAGAGUUUAUGAAAAAUACCACAGCGAUCGCUUCCUCUGGAGUAUGAGGAGGCAGUGGCUGUGCUCUCUUGUAAACGCAUAAAUUCUCUGGCACUCAGCAGGUUUCCAUAAUGCCUCAGUUGCAUGAGUAACUUCUGCGGUUGGAUUUCAGAUUCCCAUUUUGUGCCUUCACGUCCUUUUCAUCCUCUCUAAAGGAGCUAAGGAGAAAUUUCCCAGUACAUGCAGGAAGCAGUCUCAUUAAAGAACUACGCCCCUGUAAUACUAGCACUUCUGAAGCAGAGGCAGGAAGAUGAAUUCGUGGCCACCCUCAGCUACACAGGAGUUCAAGGAGAGUCUGGCUACAUGAGGUGCUGUCUCAUAAAUGCAAACUUACCUUUUGCACAUCUUUCAUUUUGCCAUCUUAAAUUAGCAGCAGGACCACCUCAAUUUGCAGACAAUCUUCAUAUGUGAACACAUCAUGAAGUGGCAAUUUAUAGAGCAUUCAGCUUUCGCUGUUACUCCUAUAUGCUGUAUUAUUGGAGUACUUCCUUAUUCCCCUUCUGAACAAAGAUGUGAGGACAGUGCAUUUCUGUCACAGCUCCAGCAUCACCUCUGAACCUCCUUGGCGGUCGGCCGCUCAUGCCUGUGUUAUGUGCCGUCGUGCUGCUUUGUAGUUACCUGGCUGCAUCCGCCAUUGUUUUGUAAACUUACUGAUGGAUGCGAAUGAUGUUGCACUGCUCUUGAUGUCUCCAUUAUCAGCACAGUGCCUCAUGCAGAAUAAUUACUGAACAACUGUUGGGGGGAUGAACGAGUGGGGAACGGAUGGAUACACCCGCCUGGCUUAACUAAAUUCUAUUUUUACAUUGCUGGGUUUCUUGCUCCAGUGCGGAUGAGAUACAUUGUAAGAGGUGGAUCAAUACAGAUCCUCACUUGCCCUCUCCAGUAGUAAGGAGUAAGUUACUCAGAUCUUACACUUACCUGUGUACCUCGCUGUAGAUAGUAUGAGAAUGAUGUGUAACCGUAUGUAAAGUGUAUGCUUUUGAAAAAUUGUUUGUAUGCUCACACUUUUGAAGAUUUUAUCAUUAAUACUAGCUCUGUCCCAAACAA